UCUCUGCAUUCUUCACCAGCCUCUUUCUUCUCUGGUGGGAACAAUGGCUUUAUAAAUCCCUGGCCGACAGGAACAACAGACGCCAACAUAACAUCCUCGCCAUCGCCGCAACAGACCUCGCUCGUUCGCCCUCCGGAACGAUAAUGCUGGUCCGAGUCAAUCCCGUCGACCCGCUCUCACUCCUCUGCUGCUGCUUCUUCCUCCUCCUCCUCUCGCUCCUCUCUGUGGAUCUGGCUGGCGCCGGAGGGGCCUCCGACAGCCCGUUCGCCCCCAGGGCGUACCUCCUCCGGUACUGGAACAAGGAGAUCGCCAACGCCCUCCCCAAGCCCGCGUUCCUGCUCUCCAAGGCCUCACCGCUCGGAGCCGUCGACGCCGCCGCCUUUGCCAAGCUCGCCGCCAAGGGCUCCCUAGCGGACCACCUCCCGGCCUUCUGCGCCGCCGCCCGGCUGCUCUGCUUCCCGGAACUCGGCCCGAGCCUCGAGAAGCACCCGACCGACGCCAACUUCGCCGUCUACAGCAACAAGAACUUCUCCAACUACGGCACCGACCGGCUCGGCGGCCUCGACUCGUUCAAGAACUACUCCGACGGCGAGAACGUCCCCAUCGACACCUUCCGCCGGUACAGCCACGACUCCUCCGGCCACGGCGACCAGUUCGCCAACUACGGCCCCGAUGGCAAUGUGGUCGACCAGAGCUUCAACAGCUACGGCGGGGGCACCACCGGGGGGACGGGCGAGUUCAAGAACUACAACCCCGACGUCAACGUGCCCAACCUCAACUUCAACAAUUACGGCUCCGACGCCAACGGCCGGGCCCAGACGUUCGCCGCCUACACCGGCAGCACCAACGCUGGCUCCGAGAGCUUCAGCAGCUAUGGCAAGAAUGGUAACGGGGCUCCGAACAAGUUCACCGAGUAUGCCUCCGACUCCAACGUCAUCAACUCGGGAUUCAACGGCUACGGCCAGGGCGGCAACGGCGCAAACAACACCUUCACGAACUACGGCAACAACGGGAAUGUCCCGGAGAACGACUUUAAGAGCUAUGGCGACGGAGGGAACGGGAUCAGCGACGGAUUCGCGAAUUACAGAGACCAGUCCAAUGUGGGCGACGAUUCGUUCGAGUCGUACGCCAAGAACUCGAACUCGGCGAAGGUCAAUUUCGCGAAUUACGGCAAGUCCUUCAACGAAGGCACGGACAAGUUCAGCGGUUACGGUCAGGGCGCGAAGGGGCAGGCGAUUGGGUUCAAGACCUACGGCGUCAACAACACCUUCAAGGAUUACCGCAAGACCGGCGUCACCUUCGCCCAGUACGCGAACGCCACUGGGGUAGCGGCGGCGGGCGAUGGCGAUCGCGGCAGAGCUGUGAAUAGGUGGGUGGAGCCAGGCAAGUUCUUCAGGGAAUCGAUGCUGAAGAGAGGGACGGUGAUGCCAAUGCCGGACAUUAGGGAUAAAAUGCCCCAAAGGUCGUUUUUGCCCCGUACAAUCUCGUCCAAAUUACCCUUUUCGACCUCGAAGCUCGCGGAGCUGAAGCGGAUCUUCCAUGCGCGGGACAACUCGUCGAUGGAGGCGAUGAUGGCCGACGCGCUGGCGGAGUGUGAGCGGGCGCCCAGCGCCGGGGAGACCAAGCGGUGCGUGGGGUCCAUCGAGGACAUGAUCGACUUCGCCACGUCGAUCCUAGGCCGCAACGUCGCGGCCCGGUCCACGGAGAGCACAGCCGGGUCAAGGCACGAUGUCAUGGUUGGGACGGUCCAGGGGAUCAACGGCGGGAAGGUGACCAAGUCCGUGUCGUGCCACCAGACCCUCUUCCCCUACCUGCUCUACUAUUGCCACUCGGUCCCCAAGGUCCGCGUCUACGAGGCGGAUCUGCUCGAUCCCAAGACCAAGCUCAAGAUCAACCAUGGCGUGGCGAUCUGCCACGUCGACACAUCGGCGUGGAGCGCCACCCACGGGGCGUUCUUGGUCUUGGGGUCGCGGCCGGGCCAGAUCGAGGUCUGCCAUUGGAUCUUCGAGAAUGACCUGACUUGGACGAUCGCCGACUGAAA